AUGCGCGGCCCUCCUGUUGGCCGGCAGCUAGGUGCCCUCUUGCUCGUGCUCCUCUCCCAGACUGCCACGUCCCAGCUAGUCUGGCCAGUCGCGCCCUGGGACUGCACGAGGUACCCCUUCCCCAUCCAGAUCAUGAAGGGCGACGACGACGACAACUAUCGGACGAUGCAGCUCAACCUCGGCUCGGGCGACUUUGAGGAGAUAUGGCAGUGGCCUGCAAACACCGCACAACUACCGACGGCGAGGCUGAACGCGCAGGGCUACAACAUCAACGACAAUAUCGCGUACGGGCUCUUCUCGACCGAUCCGUCUUCGGAUCCAGGGUACUUUUGCCGCUUCUCCGACGUCCGCAGCUCGACGGAAUGUCUCUGCGAAGCUCGCGGGCCCGUGUCUGACGACUUCCCGCAGGGCGAAACUCCUUACUGGGGCAACGCGGCCACCAUCACGCGCAAUGGGACGUACUAUCUCGGCCAUGCAGGCGGCGAACAGAUCCAUAAAUUGCCAGCCGUCCACAGCCUCACCUCCCCAGGCGACAGCCUCGAGUACCAGACGACCGACUGCAACAUGACGCAAGUGUUACAAGGCAGGGGCAGCGGCACCAUAAAUGUCGAGAGCUGGAACCUGACCGCAGCAGACAUGUAUGACGCCUAUGGCCUCCCGAACAACUGCAAGGGCCAAUGUUACAUGGCGGUCUGGACCAACUCCACCGUAGACGGGGUGACCAAAAUGACAACGUGGACGCCCGGCGACCAGAAUUUUGCCGAUUUCAUCGACUUCGAGUACAGCAGCUCCACGUACCUGAUCGGUCUGGGAGCACGUGAUGCGAGCGUCUGGAUCAUCAAGCUCGACGGCGCCGGGGAUGUCGAAGGCUACUCAUACAGCCGCGUCGUAGUCGACUACACCGGGUCCACAAGCAGCAAACGCAACAUGAAUGGAUUCGGUGCUGGGUUUCGUUAUGGCGACCGGAUUUACGUGAGUGGGACGACCGCGGUGUCCCCAGCUCCCAUCCCCAUCACGCUCAAGUGGGUGGCAAAGGCCGUCGACGAAACCCAACUGAACGACGGCUUCAACUGCCCAAACGCCACUGAUCCCUUCACCGCACCCCGAUCGCCGCCGUCGCCGCCGCUGCUGCCGCCGCCGUCGCCAGUUGGGGCAAACGGCGAUCCCCACCUGGUGCUGGCUCACGGAGGCAAGGCGGACUUCCGCGGCACCGACAAGGGCAUCUACAACUUCCUCUCGGCCAAGAACCUCUCGCUCAACGUGAUGACAGAGUUGGCCGACUUUUACCUGCACGACACGGACCACCCUCGCCACAAGCUCGUGCACGGCUCCUUCCUCACGCAGGCGCACGUCGUUGCGCUGACCGGCGGCGGGCGCACUGUGCGCGCUUCGUACUGGGCGAGCAAGAUCGGGCCGCUCAACAUCGGGUGGAUCAACGCGACCAUCGACAACCAGCAGGCAUUCUCGCUCGGGCCGCACACGACCAAGGUGGUCGACGACGUCUCGCUGCACAUGGACUACUCCUCGCUGCAUGUCACCACUGGCGAGUGGGAGCUGGCGGUCAUGCCGCAGGCUGUCCAACGCUCGGUGGCGGGGCCCGCGCGGCGCAUCGAUGUGCAGAUGACACCGCGCGUCGCCGAAUCCAAGUUCUCCGUGCCGCCCCACGGCGUGAUUGGCCAGUCGUGGGACGGCGACAACAAGGCCGUCUUCGGUGAGGAGGACGAGUUCCCUGUGCGCGGCGAGUACACGACGAGCGCGAUGGCCGAGGGGGCUGUCGAGGGCGUGCCGACCGACUACCUGAUGUCCUCACCCUACGCCACGGACUUCAAGUAUUCGCGCUUUGGACUCGACCAUGCCUCCCCGCGCGACGUGUCCAAGCUGACCGGCCGCGUCGGGGCAGCUGUGCCUCUGGCUGGUAACGGUGCCGGCGUCAUGGAGAAGGAGAUGGAGCUGUUGGCAGGGCAGGUUGCCUGA